AUGAGCAUAAGUGAAGCAAAUGGGGAAUCUUUGUCAAGAUCAACUGAUGACAGUGACUUGGAGUGGAGAAAAGAGAAUGAGAUUUCAUAUGAUGAUGAGGAUAGUUCUGACUUAGACAAAUAUUGUGAUGAAUCUGACACAGAAGAAUGGUUUGGAGAGCACUAUGACAGUGAUGAAGCCGAGCAUAAGAAUUUUAAAAGACUAUCAAGGAAUGAAAAUUUUGUUGAUCCUAAUAGUAAGCUGCCAAGACCAAAAAAUGAGAACAUAUAUGAGAAUGGAAAAAUAGUCCUUAGGCAAUGGCAAAGAUUCAAAGAUCACAAGGUUUUUGGGGCAGUAUUGAAAGAUUUUGCCAUUCAAGAAGGUUUUGAGCUACGUAAAGUGAAGCAUGCUUCUAGUAGAAUCACCUCAGUUUGUAGAGCUGAAGGAUGCAAAUGGCGAAUUCAUGCUUCCUUAUCACCAGAUGAAAGAGAGUUUAUAAUCAAAAUCUACAAUCCAGAUCACAAUUGUCAAUGUGUUGUGAAAAAUAGGAUAGCUACAUCAGGGUGGAUUGCCAAAAAGCUUAGUAGUACCUUAGCUAAAACACCUGAUAUGAAUUUACAAAGAAUGAGGCUAGAGUUGAAAGAUCAGUUUGGAAUUGAAGCUACAAAUAGACAACUUUGGAAAGCAAGGCAGAAGGCCAGAGAACAUGGUGGCUUAAAUUAUGCUCACUUAUAUGGUAAUUUGAGACGUUAUGCUGCUAUGAUUUACAAAACUAACCCUGGGAGUGCUGCUAUUAUACAAAGCGUCAAAACUGGUUUCUUAACAGCGUGUAGACCAUUUUUUGGGUUAGAUGGUUGUCAUCUAAAAGGGCCAUACAAGGGUAUCCUACUGGCUGCAGUGGGGCUUGAUGCCAAUCUUCACUUUUAUCCAAUUGCUUAUGCAAUUGUGGAAGCUCAGAAUAACUCUAGUUGGAAAUGGUUUUUAGACUUUCUAAGAAACGAAAUUGGGAUACUCAUAGAGGCCAACCAUGGUGGUUUAAUUGAGGUUGUGACAAACAUCCCGGGUGCUGGGCAUCGUUUUUGUUGUUUUCAUUUAGAAAAUAACAUGGUAAAAAAGUUUGGCACAUCACACCUUCAAGGUCUCUUUUGGGCAGCAGCUGAGACAGCCAAUUUUGAGAAUUUUAAGAUAAUAAUAGAGCGAAUUAAAGAAUUCAACCAAGAGGCACAUGACUGGCUAAGCAAUAUUGACUUCAAGCAUUGGACAAUGAGCAAGUUUGAUCCAAAUGUGAAGGUAGAACAUCUCACAAAUAAUUUUGUUGAGUCAUUCAACGAUUGGAUAGAAGAUCAUCGAUACAAGGCCCCAAUUGAGUUGUUGGAAGGUAUAAGAAUGCAACAGACAGCCAUGAUGUAUGCAAGAGAAGUAACAGCUGACAGAUGGGAGCAUAAGCUCACUCCAAAAGUCCAUCUUAAGUGGCAAGUGAGAGGAAUACCAUGUAUCCAUGCGAUUGCUUGCAUAACUACCAUUAGGGCUGACAUAGCCAAUUAUUGCUCCCCAUACUUCACUACUGAAAUGUGGAGGAAAACAUUUGAGCAAGUUAUUCAUCCAAUUCCUGAUGAAUCGAUGUGGCCUCAAUUCAAUGAUGUGAAAAAACCACCAGGAAGAUCUAAAAAGCAUCGUAGAAGAAGAGUUGCAGGAGAGGAGAGACCCUUGCCACCUACUUCAAGGAAACAACCAACUAGGAAAGGUGUUUCUAGCACUAAAAAGUGUAGCAACUGCCAUGAAUUUGGCCACAAUAGCAGGUCAUGUUAG